GGCUGCGCAUUUUGAUCACCUUGAUUAACCUUUCCUCUAGCGCGGAAGUUGCGGUUCGAGUGUUGUUGGGAACUGAAAUCCGAAAACACUGUGUGUAAAUAAUUAUUCUUUAAGAGUGUAUUGUAAAUUAUGCACAUUCUCCAUCAUUGAAAAUGCGUAACACUUUGAAAAACUGGAAGCAGACGUUUGCAGGUUUUGCACCGGAUUUAGAGUUAACGUGUGGGAUAGUGUUUGUGACCGUGCUGUCAUGUGUUUUUAGUGUCAUACCAUAUUACUUAGAUAUCUCGGAGCAAUUUUUCAGUCUGGAGUCCAGUGCUGUCAUCAGCGGCCAUGUCUACAAAGUCUUCACCUAUUUCCUCUACCACAAGAAUAUGAUUAAUUUUUUCCUGAGUGCCAUCCUGAUGGUGUUUCCCUGCAGUGGGCUGGAGAAAGGAAUUGGUACCAUCAGAUUCCUGUACCGGUCCCUGCUGCUGUCGUCCAUCAGUGGACUCCUGUAUGUGCUGCUGGAGUCACUGCUGUUCUCCCCAUCCAGUAGGAGCUCAGUAAAUGGGUUCAUCCCAUUAUCUCUCUCUGUCCUGGGAAUGAUAACCAUCAGUUCUGCCAUGCAGAGGGCGUAUAUUAUGGGCGUCAGUGUGCCUACGCCAUCUCUACCUUGGAUUAUUCUAAUAAUAAUAACCCUGUUCUUUCCAAACACUGCCUUCCUUUGUAACGUCCUGGCUAUCAUCACUGGAAUUUUAUAUGGAAAGGAAUGGUUUUCAGUGUUAGAGAUGUCAGAAUCUAGAGCGUCCGUCUUGGAGAAGAAGUUCCCUUUUCGCUUGCUAAAGCUGAUACCUGGUGUCCAGUUCAUCCCUGCAUCGGCCGAAGAACGCAAAAAGUCACUUGACUUCACAGACGCUCCUCCAGGGUCAUACCCAGUCCAGGCUUACGCCCCAGUAAAUGCCGCCAGUGGUCAAGCUACAGCUACAUACGACGGUUGGCCUGUCUCGCUGUACCCUCAACAACAAUACACAUUCCCUUCACCUCACACUGGAGUCGGCACUGGUCACAAUCACGGACAUAGUCACGGUCACGGUCAUAGUCAUGGACAUCACCAUGGGCACAGCCAUCGCCCCGCCAGCCCAUGGAUGCCAAUGUCCCCAUACGCUCAGCAUCAGUUCAGGCCUCCGUUUAACAUGACAGGGCAGCCGUUCAGUGAACCUCAGCCAGGAGUGCCGUUCACACCUCAGAUCUCGCAGUCUGGAGUGCCUGGCUUUCCAACAACACCUCCUGGAGCUUCUGUGUCAUUCCCAUCCUAGGGUUUUGAUGCCUUAUCCGUUUUCUUUCUUAGAUACCUCAUGUCUUGUUCCCAGAAUUCAAACAACUCCAGAUGUACAUUUUUAAUACAUAAGUGAAGUUUAACUUGUUUUAUACAGUUGCCGUUUUGAUACAGAACAUUUAUAUCUUUUUGUAUCUUAAAGAAUGAAAUGAGUAAAACCUUUUUUUAUUAUAUAUAUAUAAAUGUUUUGCAUAAAUUCUUUGUGUAUUUUUUAUA